CAUCAACCGCGAUAAGACAGCCGAGGCUGAAAGCAAGUCACACAUUUCGGUUAAGCCAGUUUGAAUCGUCUUCUAAUUGGAAGAGAACGCUUUCUCGCUGAAAUUAAAAGCUCUGCCGCAGUAAUCAUGGCUGGAUUCCUUCAUCGCAUCAAUGUUCUGCUACUUGCAUUAUUGUCCCUAACGCAGGGAGCUCGAUACGGUUGUGAGAACUUUUCUGAUGACGAUUCGUACUGUAUCGUGUCGAGCGUAUCUACCGAACCGCACUCCUGUAGGAUUGAAUUUCCGGAAAAUUCAGCGAUCCAACUGCAGUUUGCUCACUUGGAGACACUUUCUGCUCGACUUCUGUAUCGCAUGACACAUGUGGAGCGGUUGGACAUUGUCAACAGUUACAUCAGAAGUGCUUUUCUGAAACCAGAACUGAAGUACUUCUGAGUGUCCUGUUGCCAACUGAAUGAACUUCAAAUCGACAAGGCGGAAGUUUAUCAAUUGACUGAGCCUUUGCCAGAGAAUGAACUGGCUAGUGUUCCAAACGGUGUGAACCUGUUGACAAACGUCACUCUAAUUGAUUUAUCGAACAAUCAUCUAUCGUUUCUGGAUAUGAACGAAUUCACUGGUUUGGAUAAGCUGACCAUCUUGGGUCUUAGCUAUAACAACAUAAAAGUCGUAUUCUCUACUGGACCCGUUGAAUUACCAUCUCUGAUGUUUCUCAAUUUUGCUAACAACAGCAUCAAUACUCUUGAUAUCUCUCGCUGGAAUAUUUCCAAACUACACGAACUUGAUGUAUCCAGCAACAAGUUGGAACGUAUCGACAAUAAUCUACUGGACCAACUGCCUGCUAUUCAUAAUGUGAAUUUUGCCGAGAACCCGUGGAAUUGCCCCUGGCGUGAUGAUUUCCGCCUGAAUGCUGAAGGUAAAUUGGAUUGGACCGGGCUGGACAUGUGCGAGUUCACUUUCAAUAUUAAUGGUUUGGCCCAGAAGACUAGGCAGGAACAAUCCGUCAAAAACUCUUUGACCGAAAUCAUUUCCAACAUCGCUAGUAACCUCACCGAGGCUCUGAUAGAUGUCGAUAGCAUUGUCGAAGAUGUUUUCUGUAGAAUCAUCCAGGGUGAAUAAAGUCCUAAUAUCAUUAGCUUCGUUAA